UUUUUCAUUGACCAAUUAAUUGAGAUGAAGAAAAAAGUGGUUUCAGCGGUCAGGUUGCAACAUUCUUUCCUCAGCGUCUUCUCGAAAAAUAUCCACUCCAUAUAUCUUGCCACUGGAAAUGACCAACAGUCUAUUGCUCUCCACUAUCGGGUUGGCAAAAGCACCAUCUGUAGCAUCAUCCAGGAAACAACAAAUGCCAUCUGGGAUGUCCUCAGUACUUCUUCCAUGGUAGCUCCAUCUACACCAGAUGAGUGGAGAAAUAUAAGCAAGGGCUUCGAAGAGAGAUGGAACUUCCCAAAUUGCUGUGGAGCUAUAGAUGGCAAGCAUGUUGUUAUCCAGUGUCCUGCCCUCUCUGGUUCAACCUUCUUUAACUAUAAACAUACAUUUAGCAUUAAUUUAAUGGCAGCCUGCGAUUCUAAUUUUUGCUUCACGAUGUUAGAUGUUGGCAGCCCAGGUCGCAAUUCCGAUGGUGGUGUUUUUGCAUCGUCAGGCUUUGGACGAGCUCUUGAAGGCGGUUGCCUACAGCUUCCGGCACCAAGAAGGCUCCCAGGGGGUGAAGAAGAAGUACCGUAUGUGUUCACAGCUGAUGAAGCUUUUCCGCUUCAGCACCACAUCAUGCGGCCUUAUCCUGGAAGACACCUGGAAGAGAAGAAAGCCAUUUUUAAUUACAGGCUGUCCCGGGCACGAAGAACUAUCGAAAAUACCUUUGGUAUUUUAGCUGCAAGAUGGCGAGUAUUUCGCCGUCCCAUCCAUGCUAACAUCCCUAAAGUCAUCUCCAUAGUCAAGGCCACUUAUGUCCUCCACAACUGGUUAAAAGGUGCCGAUCAGCGCGUACCUGGAGAAAGUAGGCAUUACUGUCCGCAGAAUUUCACAGAUGCUGAGAGUGAAAAUGGUACAACUGCUCCAGGAGGUUGGCGGGAUGAAGUUACUGAAGCUGAUGGAAUGAGAGAGAUCCACCACCUUGGUAGUAACAAUUACAGUCUUAUCUCUGCAACCAUAAGAGAAAGUUUAUGUGAGUAUUUUGUAUCACCAAAUGGAGAAGUCCCUUGGCAGUAUGCCCAUGUAAGACGAGGCUUCACAUCACAAACUCCUGCUAAUACACUGUAG